CGGAGGCGGCGGAUUUUCUCCCCAGCAUGCCCUUCCAGAAGCACGUCUACUACCCGCUGGCCGGCUGCCCCGAGGGCCCCGGCGCCCCCGCAGCCGCCGCGAUGGCCUGUGCCCCCCACCGCGCGGCGUCGGGCCCCCUGCCCUGCUUCCAGUUCCGGCCUCGGCUGGAGAGCGUGGACUGGCGGCGGCUGAGCGCCAUCGACGUGGACAAGGUGGCGGGGGCCGUGGACGUGCUGACGCUGCAGGAGAACAUCAUGAACAUCACCUUCUGCAAGCUGGAGGACGAGAAGUGCGCCCACUGCCAGUCGGGGGUGGACCCGGUGCUGCUGAAGCUCAUCCGCCUGGCGCAGCUCACCAUCGAGUACCUGCUGCACUCGCAGGAGUUCCUCACCUCGCAGCUGCACCACCUGGAGGAGCGCCUGCGCCUGAGCCUGGAGGAGGGUGAGCAGAGCAGGACGCUCCUCAGCAAGCAGGCCGGGGAGAUUAAGUUACUCAAGGAAGAGUGUAAACGCAGGAAGAAGAUGAUCUCCACCCAGCAGCUGAUGAUCGAGGCCAAAGCCAGCUACUACCAGUGCCAUUUUUGUGACAAGGCCUUUAUGAACCAAGCUUUUCUACAAAGUCACAUCCAGCGGCGCCACCCUGAAGAUUCUCACCUCGAGUAUAAGCAGAAGGCACAGACUGAUAAGCUCCAGAGUGAGAUUGACAUGCUGAAGGAACAGCUGCAGCUCACCAAGUCUCAGCUGGAGGCUGCACAGCACGCCCAUGCUGUCAGGUUCUCUAAGGAAUAUGAAAUGCAGAAAACAAAAGAGGAAGAAUUUCUGAAGCUAUUUGAUAGAUGGAAAGAAGAAGAAAAGGAGAAACUAGUUAGUGAAAUGGAAAAAGUCAAGGAAAUGUUUAUGAAAGAGUUUAAAGAAUUGACUUCCAAGAAUUCGGCAUUAGAAUAUCAACUGUCAGAAAUCCAGAAGUCCAACAUGCAGAUCAAGUCCAACAUAGGCACGUUAAAGGAUGCACAUGAAUUUAAAGAAGAGCGUCCUCAGUAUUCCCAGGAUUUCCAAAAUGUGAUGCAACUCCUUGAUAGUCAGGAAAGCAAGUGGACCGCCCGAGUUCAAGUUCUUCAUCAAGAACAUAAGAAAGAGAAGGGUCGGCUCUUGUCACACAUAGAGAAACUUCGAAACUCCAUGAUAGAUGAUCUAAACGCAAGUAACAUCUUCUAUAAGAAAAGGAUAGAGGAGCUAGGCCAGAGACUCCAGGAGCAGAAUGAACUGAUUAUCACGCAGAAACAACAGAUUAAAGAAUUUACCAGUAAAGCAUUAAACAGUGUCCGUGAACCCAAAGGGAAUCCUUUAACCUGGCAAACUUCUGAAUCUAAGCCAACUGCCCCAGCUCUACCUAUGAGUGCCUCUGCCGCACAGACUCUAGAUGCAAAACCGAAUCUAAUGGCACAUGAGCAGUCUUUCUCAUCGCACAUACUGGAGCCCAUAGAAGAACUUUCAGAAGAAGAAAAAGGAAGGGAGACUGAACAGAAAUUAAAUAACAAGAUCCAUUUAAGGAAAGCUUUGAAGAGUAACCCCUGCCUCACCAAGGAGAUAAGGAGAGUCCUGGAGCAGAGUUUGCUAGAGAAACUGGAAACUUUGGGGAUUAAUGCGGAUAUACGUGGUAUUCCAAGUGAUCACUUCGGUAGGGUGCUAAGAAUGGUAGAAUCAGCAAGACAUGAACAAGAAAGACAUAUACCCAAUAUUCAGCAAAUUCGAGAAUUCCUUGAACAUGAGGUCAGCUGUAAAAUUGAAGAGAGAACCUUACUGUCCUUGGAUAAGUGCAGUGCUUCUCAAAUGGAUACCCUUUCAACUGGAGAGAUACCAAAGGCGAAACAGCUUCCGCCCCGAAGCAGACCACUGAUUAGACAAAGACCUGUCUUUACUGAUAGGACGUCUGCUCCAAAAAUUAAGAAAAAUAUCGUUGAAGAUCAUUUUCCCAGAAAAUCUUCAACUAUUACGACCCCUCCAUUCAGUUCAGAGGAAGAAUUGGACGCAGAUGACUUCCUCCAGGCAUGCGCAUCCCCAGACCUACUUCCGGUGCAGUCCUCCAAAAGCAACAAGAGUGGCUUUGGAAAGAACAUUGUCAAAAGUGAUACUGACUGGACCGAGGGAAGUGAAAUUGAGGAUUCUGAUAUUUCUCCCAAGCCCACAGGAACCUCCAUUAAAACACUAACUGAAAAAGUUGAAAAGACGGUCUCAAAUCACAGAAAUGUAAAUAAGCCAGUUGGAGGGAUUAAUGUUGCCGAGGCGUUCAUCAAAAAAGAAUUAAAAGAAGAACUAAAGUGUGCAGAUGUGGAUGAUGAUGACUGGGACAUAUCAUCCUUGGAAGAAGAUAAAUCUCUGGGGAAAAAAACUGGGCAAGAACAGAAGGAACCUCUACCUGUGAAGAAUGAGUCAAAUUCUACUCAAGUGCCAAAUGCCUGGGGUGCACCUAAUCUGAAGGGGCCAAAGGGAGAAGGUCUUCAAGAUGAAUCCAGCACACUGAAAAGCAGCCUAGUAACUGUGACGGAUUGGAGUGACUCUUCAGAUGUGUAACAACCAGAGCCUGGGAGUCAGAGGGUCCCGACACCAACAGGAUUCGUCAUCUGCCCACAAGAUCCGAGCACUCCUGCCUUACAGCAUUUCCCCCAAUAACAAGGAAGCUGACUCAAAGAACCAGGGUCUCUUGAACAGCACCUAAUUCAGUCCUGAAAAACAAAAACUUUCCACAGUAUUUUGAAGCAUAGAGAGUCAUUUAAGACUUCUGCUGCUUAAAAGUAAUGUGUCAUUGAAGUCAUAAAAAGUGUUUUCUUCAGAACGGUACUCUAGUGUUUAAGUGUAUUUUUUCAAGUAGUUUUUAAGUGAAUUUUUUUAAAACUUACAGGUUUUGGUUUGAAUUAAAACUUUUUUUUAUAUAUAUAUUUCUUAUGUCCAUUAUCACACUGCAAGUGUUUUAUUACAAAAUUCUGUUAGUACACUUACAAGUGAAAUAGUGGAAUCAGUGAAAUUUUCACAGUAGCUUGGUUAUUUUUCAUAUAGAAGUAAACUUAGAAUUAUAAAAAUAUAGCCCAUAUUAAAUUUAAAAAUAGGCCCACAUUAAAUACAUUUUCCAGAAAUACGUAUACCACAUGCAGCUUUGAGCUGUUAAGCAUGUUGUUAUCAAACAAUUAUUUUAGAACUUUACCAUUUCUGCAGUAUAAUCCUUACCUUGGAUAUUUUACGAAUAAAAUGUAGCUGUUUUCAAUGUCAAUUAAUUUAUCAGAACAUGAAUAGAAAAGAACAUUGCUGAAUUCCUAUGUGUAUGUAGGUUGGUUUUUUUUUUU